AUGAAUUGGAAAAAAUAUGAAGAUGGAUUUAUAUGUCCAACUGUUUUUGCAACUACUGAGAAUUUGGAUCAAAUAAGUAAACAAAAUAUUGAUUUACCCGCAUUAUUCAAGUUAAAUACAAACGAUGGCCGAGAAUUUCUGUGCGGUUGGGGAGCAGCUAUAAUUAAUGUUACCUUUACCUAUCCCAUAAAUAAAGUCAUAUUUCGUCAGAUCUUAGAAGGAGUACCAGCGACAACUGCAGCGCAGAAAUUAUCAGAUGAAGGAUUUAGACUUUUGUAUAGAGGAAUAUUUCCACCAUUGUGUCAAAAGACUUUGUCCUUGAGUUUAAUGUUUAGCUUAUACGAGGGUUGUAGGCAAAGGUUAUGUAUAUUGACUGAAAAUAAGACAUUCGCUAGAAUAUUUGCAGCUAAUUUUGCAGGCACAUGCGAAGCGAUAUUAAUGCCUUUAGAAAGAAUUCAAACGUUACUUCAAGACUGGAGAUAUCACAAAAGAUUCAAAAAUACACCACAUGCAUUCAGCACUAUUUUACGAGAAUACGGUGUGACAGAAUGUUAUAGAGGCUUAGUGCCAAUUAUCUGUAGAAAUGGCUUAUCAAAUUUAAUGUUUUUUUCAUUGAGGGAACAAUCAAAAGAAAUUAUGGGGCACGAUAAUUCUUUAUUAACUAAUUUUGUCAGUGGUGCGUUAAUAGGUGCGUUCACAAGUACAAUGUUUUAUCCAAUAAACGUUAUAAAAAUUCAUAUGCAAUCCAAAAUUGGUGUAGAAUUUGAGAGUGUUGUGAAAUGCGUUAGAGAUGUUUAUAUCGCUAGAGAUAGAAGUAUAAAAAGUUUUUAUAAAGGUGUUUAUCUCAAUUUUCUAAGAUCAUUUAUAAGUUGGGGUGUCAUUAAUGCUUCUUACGAUAUUCUUAAGAAAGUAUUAUUUUAAAAGAGCAUAUGAGUGUAAAUAAUUAACGUUGUAAUUACUGAAUUAUUUGUCAGAAUCAUUGUUGAAUUCUUGUAACAUAAGUAAUUUUAAUGUAUAUAGCUUGUUUACAAGAGCCAUUCACUAA